AUGGAAGACCAGGUUCACCGACUGGUGGACAAGGCAUGGGCCAAGUAUCAGUCCACGCCCCCAAACCAGCGCCUACUUAUUGGCAUCGCCGGCAUCCCGGGCUCAGGCAAGACGACGCUCUCCCAGAUGGUCUCGCGAGAGCUCAAUAACCGCGCCGUUCAAGCCUCACACGCAUCUUCCGAUCCUCCGCCGGCCACGUUCCUCCCCAUGGACGGCUUCCACCUCACCCGUGCCGCCCUCGACGCCAUGCCCGACCCAGCCAACGCCCACGCCCGCCGCGGCGCCGCCUUUACCUUUGACGCGCCCAAAUUUCUGCGCUUGGUGCAAGCCCUGCGUGCCGCCUCUCCUCCCGGCUCGGCGCCCAUCCUCGCGCCCUCGUUUGACCACGCCAUCAAGGACCCCAAGGAGGAGGAUGUCGCCGUUCUGCCGACGCACCGCAUCGUCGUCCUUGAGGGCAACUACCUGGCUCUCGACGAGGAUGUGUGGCGCGACGCUGCGGCCCUUUUGGAUGAGCUGUGGUUUGUUGAGGUAGACUUUGACGUUGCCCGUAGGCGUCUGCGUGAGAGGCAUGUCAGGGCCGGCAUCGCCAAGAAUAUCGAAGAGGGCGAUCGGCGGGCGAGGGAGAAUGACCUGGUCAACGGCGGGGAAAUCGUGUCGCGCCGCCUCAAAGUCCACGAGGUCAUCCAGAGCAGGGAGGACGGCAGCUGGGUGCAUGAAUGA